UCCAGGGCAGGGUGCUGUCCUAUGGGAUGGAUGACGGCCAGCAGGAUCAGUACGAGGAGCGUCUGAAGGAGGUCUUUGAGAGUUUCGACGCCAGCGGCGCCGGGUCGCUGUGCCCCGAGGAGCUAUCUGACUUGUGCCAGGCCCUGCACCUGGAGGAUUCCACCCCCGCACUGCUUCAUGCCCUGCUGCAGAACCAGGACAGACUCACUGGCAGGGUUGGUUUUGACCAGUUCAAGAAUGCCCUGAUUCUGGUGUUAUCAACGAGCAUAGCAGCAACGCUUGAACCCAGUCAGGAGACAGCACGUGCUCCUCUAUCACCAGACUCACCAGUCCAAGCUAAGUUUGUGCGGGGUAGUAAGCGCUAUGGCCGACACUCUACACCAGAGUUCAUAGACGCCAUCACAGACUUCUCAGAGGCGGUCAGCUCAAACGCUACAGGACGGGACCCAGAAGAUCAUGAAGACUCUACUGUGCCCAGGAAACGUGAGCGCUGGAAUGCUCAUGAAAGCGGAACGGAAGAGUACGAGGCAGAAGGCCAGCUGCACCUGUGGAACCCUGAUGAACCCUCCACCCCGCGGGUCUCUAUCACACCCCUCUCAGACCACCUGGAGGAGAGGUUUCGGGAGGCCUGCGAGGAGCUGGCUAUGCCCUGGGAUGGAUGUGCCAGCCACCAUGAGCUACUGGCUCUCUGUGACCACCUGGGCCUGGAGGUGACGGAGGAUGUCCUCCAGGUUCUAAGUGGUGAUGAGAUCAUGAGCGUUCAGGCGUUUACUUCCUGGGUCCUGAACCACGCCAAGCCCCCCACCCCGUCUGCCUCCACACCUUACAGACAGCUCAAAAGACUACACUCCUCACAGCCAUUCGAUGAGACGGGCCGUAGAACCAGCGCUAUGACGAGCACCAUCGGGAUGCGUCUGUUCUCCACUCUGGACGAUGGGACAGGGUCCGCUCCUGCUGAGGACGUCCUGGAUGCCUGGAUGGAGGAGGGCGUCGAGAACACCACCGAGAUACUACAGGCCUUGGAUUUUGACCUGGAGGGCAAAGUGAACCUCAGGGAGCUGACUGUGGCUCUGGAGAACGAGCUCCUCAUGACUAAGAAUGGGAUCCACCAGGCUGCACUGGCCAGCUUUAAGGCUGAGAUCAGAUACCUUCUUGAACGUGCCGAUCGGGAGCUCCGAGAGAAGGAGAAGACUCGUUCUGACCUGGAGAAAGCAGAGAAGUUAAAAACCCAGCUGGCUACUGAGGUGGACGAGCAUCACUCUGCCAUCGAACGCAUGAAUGACCUCAACCUGAGGAAGCUGGAGCAGGAACACAGGGAGAAGCUGGUGUCUGUCCGGUCAGAGCUCAUUAAAGAGAUGGACCAGAUACAGCAGCAGACUGGUCUGCAGAGAGAGAAACUAGAGACAGAGAUGGAGAAGCUCAGAGAUGACGAGACCUUCCUCAGAGACCACCUGUCACUCACUGUCAAGGAGAGUAGGCGUCUGGAAAUGGAGCUGCUGGACAGCACUGAGAAACUGGUAGAGGCAGAAAACCAGGUCAGCAAACUGCAGAGGAACCUGGAUAACAUCCUGAAGGAAAAGUUUGGGGAUCUGGACCUGGGCAGUGCUGAGUUCUUCCUACAGGAGGAGAGUCUCAGACGGCUACGCAUUAGCUAUGAGGAACAGUGUCGGGAGCUGCAGGAUCGCAUCGAUGAGCUUCAAGCAGAGCUGCAGGAGUACCACAACCUGGGCCGCACCUCUCAGCCCUGUCUCAAACCCUCUCUCUCUGAGGACCUGGAGAGUAAGAGUCCUGGCAUGGAGUCAGACCCAGGUCUAGGCUCAGAAGAGGGCCAGCCGUUGUUCAACAUGAGCCUGGAGGCCGAGAUGAUGCUGGAGCAGCUUAAAGAGAAGCACCUCUUAGAGAUGAAUGACCUACAGGCACAGCUGGAGAGCAAGGUGAGUGAGUUUGACCAGAAGGUGGAGGAGCAGAAAGCCGACCUGGAGGCCCAGAAGGUAGCCUUGUCCCUGCAGUACCUGGAGGAGAUCCAGGCACUACGAGGGGAGAUGUCCAUCAUCCAGAACCGAGCCCUGGAGCUCCAGGCCCAACUAGAGAAUGCUGAGGAGGAGCGAGCCGGUCUAGAGCAGAGACAGGCUGGGGUGAAGGAGGAGCUGGAGCACCAGGAGGAAGAGGUGAGCAGCCUGAGACAGGAGCUCCUGGAGUCCCGCAUCCAGGUUUCAGACCUGGAGGAGCAGCUGAAAGUCCAACAAGCGAAGGCUGAGUUGGGCCUGGACACAGAGAUGCAGGAGCUGAGGAAACUUCACGCCUUGGAACUCAACAAGCUGGACGUGCAGCACGACAGCAUCCUUCAGGUCAGGCUGGAAGAAGAGAAGGGAAAGCUACAGGAGGAGCUGGAGAAGGUGGAGAGGAAACUGUUAGAGGAGUGGGAGAGGGAGAAGAGGGAGUUACAGCAGAGCCACGAGGAGGCGAUGAAGGCUAGAAUAGAGGAGGUGAGUUUGAAGUUUCAGGCAGAGCGAGAGGAGCUAGAGAUGCGACUCACGGAGGAGUGGGAGAGGGAGAAGGCUCAGCUGGAUGAGCAGAGUAACGAGUCGCUCCAGACCGUGUUAGAGGAGGAGAUGUUACGUCUAGUCAAGGAGCAGGACGGUAGGGAGAUACGGCUCACUGAGCAGUGGGAGCUGGAACAAGUUCAGCUCAAGGAGUGUCUGGAGGAGACUCUCCUCACCCGGUUGGCGGAGGAGAAGCUGAAGCAGCAGGAGCAGCAGGAGGAGGUGGAGAGGAGGCUCAGGGAGGACUGGGACAGGGAGAGACUCCAGCUGGAGGAGGACUAUGAGGGCAUGCUCCAGGAGCAGCUGCAGGAGGACAGGGAGAGGCUUGCGGGGGAGAAGGAGGAGGUGGAGAAGAGGCUGGAGCAGAUGAUGGAGGAGGAGAAGGAGCGCCUGGAGGAGGCCCACAGACAGGCUGUGCAGGAACUGAGUGCCAAACACAGCGAGGAGAGGGAACAGCUCAGCGGUCUGCUGGAUAAACUGCGAGAGGAUAUCGCUGAGGAAAGGAAUGAAGCGGGUCGUUUAGCAGAGGAGAACCUCUUACUCAGACACAAGAUCUCCGUGCUGAAGGAAGAGGACCUGAGAGAGACCCGAGAAGAGACGCUCUUGAAACUGGAGCAUUUCAGGAAGGAGAAGAUAUCUGCACAAAAGAAAGCAGAGAGUUUCAAGAGACAGAUCUCUGAGCUGCGUCUCCGCAGUCAGCAGCUGGAGGAUGAGAACGGGCUGCUGUCGGAGAAGAACGCCCAGAAUGCAGCAGGAGUGGAGGGGUUGAGCCAGCAGCUGGGGGAACUGCUCAGACAGAGUGAGAGACAGGAGGCUGUCAGAGAUCAGCAACACUUUGUACCAGAGGAUAACAGGACCAAGAUGGCAGUGUGUGCGUCUGCCCUGGAGGCGGAGCUGACCAACGCUGUGGAAGGGACUGUACUGCCAGAGGAGGGCAAGGCCCAGCUGGUGCUACAAAUCAACACCCUCCGCGAUAAGGUGGCUAAGAUGGGGGCUGUGGAGUGCCAGCUCUCACUCCUCCUGCAGGAACACAAGGCUUUGGAGAAACAAGCCCAGGGAUUACGCAAUCAGCUUGCCAAGUCUCAGGAGAGGACUCAUGUGUUGGAUGAAAGUCUCCAGUCUGUCAACCUCCAGAGCGCCCGUCUCAAGUCAGACCUCCGCGUGUCACAGCAGGAGAAGGACGCCCUCAAACAGGAAGUGAUGUCACUGCACAAACAGCUGCAGAAUGCCAACGAUAAGAACCAGGUUCUGGAGAUGGCCCUGCACUCCAGCGGAUACCAGAGCCAGCAUAAGAAGCUGUACCAGGACGAGCUGGCCAGGCUGGUGGAACAGGAACAGCAACUGCUGAGGCAGGAGAACGAGAGGCUGACCAUGGAGCUCCACAACGUCAAGGACGACCUCCACCGCAGCAGGGACAAGACGCGUCAGCUGGAGGCAGCCAUCUUAACCGUGAAGCAGCAGAAACAGCAGGGCCAGGCCAGCGUGGUGAAGACUGUAGAACAGGAGAAGACUGCUCUGAAGAGAGAGCUGGACAUGAUGCAUCAGGAGCUACUCUCUGCUCAGAACAAGGUGUGUGAGGUCCAGAGAGAGCUGGAGAGUCUUCGUCAGGAGAACGAGGGUCUGAAGACCCAACAGACCCAGCUACAGACUCUACAAGUCCAGCUGGUUGGUCUGCUGCCCACUUCCCCUCGCAGGAUGCCUGGUGAGCGGAGAGAGCAGCACCGCAGGGACGACCUCAACCCAGAGAACAUACAGGGUGCUGCAAUGCCAGAACAGAGGGCCGCUCAUGCAGACAGCUACCGGAGGAUUGGUGGACUCUGACAAGACAGCAAGCAACUUGGCAACUUCUAACAUCACGUUCCCCCAGUCCUCCAAACCUUUUUCCCCUUGCCUGACUCACCUAACCCCGAAUCCUGCCUCUAUCCUCCAAGACUCCACUCCCUUCCCUGAAUUAUUCUGCAGUCCUCUUCACCUGUCCCCCCCCCCCCCCCCCCCCCAGUCCUCCAAACCUUUCUCUCUGUCUGUCCUUCUCACAUCAACUAACCCCAGUCCCACCCAAUCCUCCAAGUCUCCAUUCCCUGCCCCUUGAACUCUUCCCCCCUGCCCCACUUAUGCUUGAAGCACUCUGAGUGUUAAGGUACCUUCUAUCCUUAUAGGAGAUGAACAGUGAUUGGAAUGGAAUGUUAGAACUAGUUUAAUCAUAAGGGCAUGAAUGUAUAACGAUGGUAUGCUGCCACUAGGUGGGAGUGUACCAGCGUAAAACAGGGUAGUCCCUUUGUUAUUUUCCUCAAAUCAAAGGGCUUUCUGAAAUAACUUGAGCUCUGUAACAGUAGGUGAACUAUAACGACCUACUAUCGUUAAAGAUCCAUGAAAUAUACUCCGAUUUGCAGUAGAUUCCUAGUUUCAACAGAAUGUAUUAUUGGACAUAUUUUUCAAGAUGAUCUGCAUAUUGAUAUUUUUUUGCACUUAACCCACAAGCAUCAAUGUCAACUGAUAGUUUUUUUGGUUUUAUCUUUUUAUUUAUUUAUUUUUUAUUUAUUUUACCUUUAUUUAACUA